GCGUCGGCGUCGCCCGCUCCCAACGCCAACGUGGACUGCGCCAAGACGGCCAGGAGCUCCGCGGAGAGCACCGCCUCGGUCAUACAGCAUGUCGGGCAGCCCGUGGCCACCCCUGCGAAACACAGCAGUAAGGUGGCCAAGUCCUGCGGCCAGGAAGCCAACUUCAAGGCGAGCGAGACUGCCCUGGCCUCCAGUCCCAUCUUCCUGCCGCCCAACGAGGCGUUUCGCUCGCCGCCGUUGCCCUACCCCAGGAGUUACCUCCCGUACCCGGUGCCAGAGGGAAUAGCCAUCAGCCCUCUCACCCUCCAUGGAAAAGGACAUGUGUAUCCACACCCUGUGCUGCUGCCCAACGGCAGCCUCUACCCCACCCACCUGGCUCCCAAGCCGGGCCUCCCAUACAGCCUGCCCGCAGGGCGAGGGGAGUUCAUGACCUACCAGGACGCACUGGGGAUGGGCAUGGUGCACCCCAUGCUGCUGCAGCAUUCGGCUUUGGAGAUCAGUAAGGAGGAGAAGGCCGAGAGGAGGUCGCGGUCUCACGAGAGGGUGCGGUAUGAGGAUCCAGCACUGCGGAGCAGGUUGCCAGAGGUCCUCGAGAGUGGUGGGAAGAUGCAUUUUGAAGUGCCCGGUGACAAGAGUGUGAAAUUGCACCCGAGCUCUGGCCAUAGUAAAAACUUGUCAAAAGGCGACAAACACCUCUUCCCAGAUCUUUUGCGAGACGAGCAAGAGGCUAAAAGUGAAGCAAAUGUAACGAAAGGCAGCUUUGCUAUGGAAAGCAGUAAUCAGACUAAUGACCCUACAAAGCACAAGGUAGAGCAGGCGUCGCAGCACAGAGAUUUUAUUGUAAUGAGAGAGGAGUUUGGAAGAAAUAAUGAUCUUCCUGAAACCUUUAAUUUCAAGCAAGCCCAGAGUGCAUCAGUGUUCGGCUUAAGGAAAGAAGAUCUAGCUGUGAGCCAGCCUAAAGAGAGAGUGGUGGUCCAGCCUUCACCCGUUUUCUUGGAAGGUGCUCACGAGAGCGAUGCUCCAGCUCUGGCUUUUGGCAAGGUGCAGGAGGACGCGAAGCCGUUCUGCAUGGGGACGGCGCAGCCAAGCAUCAGCGCCAGCCAGACCUAUACCAAAGACGGAGCCGACGACGCAGAAUCUGCCGAUGGCAAAAUACUGAAACCCAAGCCAUCCAAGUUGGCCAAGAGGAUCGCGAACUCUGCGGGUUACGUAGGUGAUCGAUUCAAGUGUGUGACGACCGAACUGUACGCCGACUCCAGCCAGCUCAGCCGGGAGCAGCGCGCGCUGCAGGUGAGUCCGCGCGGUCCAACCGCCGCCGCGCUUUCUGUCGUUAUUUCUCUGUUGCAAGUCGCAGUUGAGUUUUAA